ACGACAGAAGCACUUCCUGUUGCUGCCCGUGUUGACAUGCGCCAUGUUAGUGCUCUUAUCUUUGCCAUGCAGUGAUUCAGCAUUAAACAGUGCGAUGUGUCGCAUGUAAACGUCUAACAGCCCGCUGUGUGGAGCAGUGAAGUGAAACAGGUGAGAUGGAGAACUACAGAAAGGCAGAUGUGGUCGAGCAGUCGAGUGUCUGCCCGUUUACUGACCUUCUCCAUGAUGGCGUUCCCGUGGUCCGGGUUCGAGAUGGCAGCAAAAUCCGCAACCUGAUGAGGUUCUCUCAGAGCCGGAUGGAGGGCCGAGCAGAGAAAGUGCUAGAGAGCGGCGGCGGUCGCGAGGAAGCGGAAACAAGUGGCGAAUCCCAGCUGUGCCGCCAGAUAGUGUUUACGGGCGGCGGCCCGAGCGUCUCCAAGGCUAUCACGUGUGUGGAGAUCCUGAAGCGCCGCUUGGGGGGGCUGCAUCAGGUCACGCGGCUGGUCUACAGCUCGCUGCAGGAGAUGUGGGAGCCGCUGGAGCCGAGCGCAGGACUCGACAGCAUCACUGUGACCCGGAAUGUCCCCGCCAUCUGGGUCCUGCUCUCUAGAGACCCGCUGGACUCGAAAUUGGCCGGAUAUCAGGCGCCCGGGACCUUUGAUGCCCUGUGGGCGCAGGUCACUGCUAAAGAGGAGCGAGAGAAUCAGAGGAGAAAGAGUGGAGGAAGAGGAGGCGGAAGUGGAAGAGGAAAAGGACCACGCAGACAGAUGACACGCCCCAGAGACGUACGGAAAUCUUCAGCACAUGCAUCAGGAGCACACUGAGGCAGCUACCGGGUUUUACCCAAGUUAACCAGCCAAUCAAAAACAAGAAUAUAUAAGACAUCACAAUAAUAGUUCAUUAUCACGCUUGUUAGUGAAUUUGGUGAGCCGCAAAACAUCAGAUAGAUCAGGCUGCAGAAAUAACGUCUGGAAACUGUUACAACUGCGUCGAAUUAUCACGAGCCUCACACUCUCUAAAGAAAUGAUCUGAGUGGUGAUGUCAUUAUCAGCAUAUUCAUAUCACACUAGAGAGUGUUUAAGAAAGAUUCUUUCAGAAUUCAGUCUUUAUAAGUUCAUUAAAAAGAAGAGAAAAUUCGUGUUUUCAUUUUUUUUUCUUUUUUACGGAAGAAAUGAAAAAGCUCAGAGGAAAAAGGAUCAUUUCAUUUAAGAUGAAAUUUAAUCUCUUCCCGAAUGUGUAUUUAAAUCAUGAAGAUUUACCAGAUGUUUAUCAGACUAAAGCUCAGUUUCUUCUUUAAUGUCAUCUUUAUUUCAGCUGUUAAAGGCAUAAAGAAAUGUACAUCCCUAAAAACAUGGCCUUGUAUUCCAAAUACUCAUUUUAUUCUGAAAUAAAACAGAUUGUUGCAGAAA